CCGUCCUGCACCUCCAAUGCUCUGUUUUUAACGACGUCGUUUCAGCUUUAGAAGUCUUCUGGAAAAACUUCUCUUUCCGGAGGAGUCUAGAAAUUCUUCAUCCAAAUUCUUCCAUUUCUUUCUAGAAAUAUCUUCUCUUCUCUUAUCUUCAAUUUAUAAAUCAACCAAACUCCUCCUUUUGUGUCGCCAAUUUACUUGAUAUCGAGUUGACUCACUGUAAUUUCAAACACAGACUUAGAAAAUGUCUCAGGCUCUCUCCAGUCUAAGCAUACCCCUUCCUCUAUCUUGUAAAACAACCUCAAAUUCAAGAAAACCCCAUCGAGUCCGCAACAAUUUCAUCAUCAAGGCCUUGGCCGGAGAACACCGGGAUAACCUUGAUCAUUUGAAGCGAGCCAGCGCCAAACACCGGCAAUCCCAACCCGGGAAACGUGUUCCUCCUGUUGCCCCAACAGGGUUAUGGGAUCGGUUUCCUACUGCAAGAACGGUGCAGCAGAUGAUGGAGACGAUGGAGAGGGUGAUGGAGGACCCCUAUACAUUCUCCGGGACAUGGCCCGCACCUGUGCCGACCGAAACAGGUGGUUACAGCAGAGGAAGAACGCCAUGGGAGAUAAAAGAAAGUGAAAAUGAGUACAAGAUGAGGUUUGACAUGCCUGGAAUGACUAAAAAUGAUGUGAAGGUUUGGGUGGAGGAGAAGAUGCUUGUUGUGAAGGCUGAAAAGGUAGCCCAAAAUAAGGAAGACCAAGAGAGUAAUGGUGAAGAAGAAUGGUCAGCUCAAAGCUAUGGGAAGUAUAGUUGUAGGAUUGCUUUGCCUGAGAAUAUUGAAUUUGAAAAGAUCAAAGCAGAGGUGAAAGAUGGGGUUUUGUACAUAAAUAUCCCCAAGUCUAGCGGUCAUGGUAAAAUUCUGGAUAUCAACGUUCAGUGAUGAAUUACAAUGGUGUCUGUCUACUGUCUCCCCUUUUGUUUUACAGUAAUGGAGGGAAUAAUAAUCUUCUUUCUGGAAAGAGGACCAGCUGUAGAGUUUGCAAUUGAAAUGUGUCGUGUGGAGUGAAUUAGUGACCGUGAAUAGAAAGAUUUCAUUCAAUUUCCA